CGGGAAAGAGGAAAGGAGCUAAGUAUAAAAAAUUCAAUUGAAAGCGAAUGAGUUUUGUCUUAUUGCAUAACUUUAAGCCGUGCGUCUCAUUCUGUUGUAUGCACAUACCCACAUACAUAUAUAGUAAUAUAUAUGUUUAUAUCCACGCGGCUGCUGCCGCGCGAAUAUUAGUAUUUUUCGUCGUGAUCGUGAUUUAAAAAAUCGGAAAAAAUGGAAGCGGCACAGCAACAACGCAUCCGUCAUGAAAUACCGAAAGGUGCCGUAAUAUUGUCAAAAUUCGAGGCUUUAGCCCAUCAAGCAGAACUCAUUAGAAACUGGGAACCGCAAAGCGAUGUAUGGUCGUUAAUAUUCGGACGCCCUAUUCUGUCUGGAGCAGCGGCACUUACCGGUGUUUACAUUAAUCAACGGUUUAGAAGGAAAUUAAAGUUGCGAAAUUAUGGUUUGCUUCCAACAAUAACUGGUCUUGUGGCAGGUCCAACUAUUGCAACCUCACUUCUUUACUCGCAGUUUGUCCUGAAUAAACUGUUGUUAUUAGAAGUUCCUUGCCCUCUAUGUUUGGAAUCUAGAUCUAUUUUGUUGCAAACUUGUACUGGUUUAUUCUUUCCACUGAUAUUAGUACCAUUCGCAAAUUUUUCUAUUGCUGCUAACAGUGGAUUACAUAACAUACCACACAUAACUGAUUUGAAAGGAAUGUUUAGAGUUAUUUCAUCAGCUUAUCAACCAAUGAUACCCAUACUUGCAACAAUUUUUACUCUUCAUGCACUUUUAGCUGGUUUUAUAACACAUUCACAAAUUAAAUCUUUUCUUUAUGUACUGGAUGUGCAAAAUUUCAUAGAAAAAGAAAGAGAUUGGAAACAUGCAUCAAAUGAUUUGUGAAUUUUCUGUAUAAUAUUUUGUCGUAAUUAUAAUAAAAUAUACAUAUAUACAUAUAAAAUUAAAGAA